AUUUGUGUGUUUGAUGAUUGUUUAUUUAUCUCGUGUCUCUCUUUAGAUCUACUUUGCUUUUUUGUCCCAUUUAUAUAAAAUCCACCGCUCGAGCUUAACGUUCGCGUCUUCGUUCUCCUUCUUCCUUUGCUUCCUCUCUGAGUUGAACUCGUUCCGUUCGACUGAGCCAACUCCUGCGGAAGACCAGCUUCAAAAAAAUUCGCUAUUGGAUAAUAACUAUAUUGCCUCUUCAUUGGACUAAAAGGAGUGUUAAUAAAUGGCUGGUUCCAGGAGACAUUGCUCGGAUCAACGGUGAGUAAAACUCUGUUACACCGGUGAUCAAUACUCGAGAUGUUUAGAACAGGUAGAUGGAGGAACGAGAAGAACAGGAUCAAAGUCGUCUUCAGGCUAAAGUUCCACGCUACUCAGGCGUCUGAGUUGAAUACAGAGGGAUUGAUUCUCUCUCUAGUUCCCGGAGACAUUGGGAAACCGACGGCGAGGUCAGAGAAAGCUGUGGUUAGAGACGGGCAAUGCCGGUGGGAGAUUCCGGUUUACGAGACUGUGAAGUUUCUGAAAGAUGCGAAAACCGGGAAGGUUAACCAGAGGAUUUACCAUCUCAUUGUGUCAACGACGGGAUCUACAAGAGGUGGUUUGGUUGGAGAAACAUCAAUUGAUUUUGCUGAUUAUGCUGACGCAAUUAAAACUUGUAACGUUUGUCUUCCACUACACAACACAACUUCAAAGGCUUUGUUGCAUGUAUCAAUACAAAGGCAAUUAGAAUUUGAUGAUCCUCAAAGAGAGGAUGAUGAAUGCGAGAAUCUUGAGAAAAUGUCACCUGGUCAAGAUUUGAAGUCACAUUUGAGCCUCGGUGAUGCAGAUGAACCUCGUGCAAGCGGUUCGCAUGAGGAAGGGCCAUUUGGUAAAGCUGCACGGUUUGCUGAGCUGAGAAGAAGAGCAUCAACUGAAUCUGAUAGCACAAUGUCAAGCUCUGGAAGUGUCAUUGAGCCAACUACUCCUGAAGAAGUCGCCAAGUCUUUGAGACACCCUCCUAAGCAACUUCGCUCAUCUAAAGCUUUGUUUGAAGAGCCUCGUGUAUCCGAAUCCGAGUGGUCUGGAAGUUCUGAUCAUGGAAUCACCACCGAUGACUCCACCAAUGAUAAAAUGUCUAAAAACUCCUCGGAGGAUGGGGAGGAGAUUGACAAGCUUAAAAACGAGGUAGCUUGUUUGACAAGGCAAGCAGAUCUUUCUGACCUAGAGCUGCAAAGCCUGCGUAAACAAGUCGUUAAAGAGACCAAAAGGAGUCAAGAUCUCUUGAAAGAAGUGAAUAGCUUGAAGCAGGAGAGAGACUCUUUGAAGGAAGAUUGCGAGAGGCAUAAAGUCUCAGACAAGACUAAAACGAGGAACAGGAUGCAGUUUGAAGGAAGGGAUCCAUGGGUUCUCUUGGAGGAAACGAGAGAGGAGCUUGACUACGAGAAGGAUCGUAACUUCAAUCUCCGGUUACAGCUCCAGAAGACUCAGGAAUCUAACUCUGAGUUGAUCCUUGCUGUUCAAGAUCUUGAAGCAAUGCUUGAGGAAAAGAGCAAAGAAGGACCAAGAACCAUUGAUACAGAUGAAGAUGAGGAUCAAAAGGCACUUGAGGAACUAGUGAAGGGACACAUGGAUGGGAAUAACACACACGUCUUCGAGAAGAAGAUCACAGAACUAUACAAUGAGAUUGAGGUUUAUAAACGAGACAAAGAGGAGCUUGAGAUACAGAUGGAACAGCUAGCUUUGGACUAUGAGAUACUUAAACAGGAGAAUCAUGAUGUCUCAUACAAGCUAGAGCAGAGCCAACUGCAAGACCAGUUGAAGAUGCAAUACGAAUGUUCAUCAGAGCUUGAGAACCAAGUGGAGACCCUUGAAGCCGAGCUCAAGAAGAGAUCAGAAGAAUCUUUGUCCCGGAUCAAAGAGCUUGAAACACAAAUGGAGAUCUUGGAGGAAGAGAUGGAGAGACAGGCUGAGGUGUUCGAAGCAGACAUCGAUGCAGUCACGAGAGGUAAAGUGGAGCAAGAGCAAAGAGCGAUACAAGCGGAAGAAGACCUGAGGAAGACGAGGCGGAGAAACGCUAGCGUAGCUGAGAAGCUACAGGAGGAGUUCAAGAGACUCUCCGAGCAGAUGGAUUCAAUGUUUGCAUCAAGUGAGAAAAUGGCUAUGAAGGCGAUGGCGGAAGCUAAUGAGUUAAGAAUGCAGAAACGUGAAGUUGAAGAAAUGCUCAAGAAGACUAAUGAUGAGUACGAGGGAAAGCUCAAGGAGCUUUCUGAAAAGCUGAGUCAGAUGGAGAGGCAUGAAGAAAAAGUUACUUCAAAUCUAAACCAAGAGAUCAAAUUCUUGAAGGAUGAGAUUGAGAAUCUGCAAAAGGACAAAAGUAGCCUCAUGUUGCAAGAAGAGAGCCUAAGAGGUGAGCUGGAAGAGACGGAAAGGAGUAAAAACGAGCUAGAGAGCAGGAUUGAGUCAAUGAGGGAAGAAUCAGAGUCUUUAGCAGAGGAGUUGCAAGCGGUGAAGCUUAUCAAGGAUGAAAAAGAAGCAGCAAUUACACACUUACAGACAGAACUAGAAACCGUGAGGGCCACGUUUGAUGACCUGAAGCGUUCUUUAUCAGAGAAUGAUUCGGAGAUGGAGAAACACAAGAAGCAAGUGGCACAAGUGAAAGGUGAGGUGAAGAAGAAAGAAGAAGCAAUAGCUAACCUUGAGAAGAAGCUCAAGGAAAGCAGAAUUGCAUUUAACAACUUAACCAAAACCGCGCAAAGAAACAACAACAACAAAGGAAGUCCACUAGGAGCUAAAGAAGUUGCUGUUAUGAAAGAUAAAAUAAAACUUCUCGAGGGGCAAAUAAAACUGAAGGAGACUGCUCUUGAAGCUUCAUCAAACAAAUUCAUCGAAAAGGAGAAGAAUCUGAAGAACAGAAUCGAGGAGCUGGAAACUAGUCUCGACCAGAACAGCCUAGAGGUUAUUAAUAAAGAUAACCAUGAAAAGGAAGAAGUCCGAGUUCUGGAAGCGGAGAUGGCGUCAUUGAGAGAGUGUAAUGAGACGAUGGAGAUGGAGCUGAAGGAGAUGCAAGAGAGAUACUCAGAGCUAAGUCUGAGAUUUGCAGAAGUGGAAGGCGAGAGACAACAGCUUGUUAUGACCGUACGUAAUCUCAAAAACGCCAAAAGGAGCUAAACCGGUAUAUAUCAGAACCGGUUUUCAGGUUUAUAAAAAAAAAGGAAGUAUAUGUAAUCACUUUGUUUCUUGUUUAUGUAAUUACACUUUGUUUAUGUUUUCUAAGUAAUUUGCAUAAGUUUCAGUUCUCUAGUCAA